AUGAAGCGUAAAGGAAAGCAAAAGACUUCAAAACCUUCUGGCCGUUAUGGUUUAAAAGGCAGUUUGAAGUCUUACUAUGGUGAUUCUCAAUUACAUCCUGAAUGUGGGUCACCAGAUACAGGAUCUAAGUCAUCUCAUGGUCUUUCAAAAACACCAGAUGAUACUUCCAGUGAAUCAGUUCAUAGCCGUAGUCUUCGUAAUAGUUCUGUUGGAGAUGAUAACUUAUCACAAAUGGAAAGUCGUGGUCGUCGUGUACUAGACAAAAAGGGUCAUAACGGAGAUCUUGAUCAAAACGUAUUCAAGAAUUUUGCAGAUGACUAUAGUAAUGAGUCAAGGGAUCGUGAAGGCUCUCUUCCAAUGGGACUUAGUAGUGAACAUGAACUUCCUUAUGAUGAUGAAUCUACUCGUGAACCUUUAUCAACCAAAGAUCUCAGCGGAUCACAUAAUUCAGUCUUUGUUGAACCCCGUCAACCAGAUAAGGUCACAGUGGAUUACAACAGUGCAUCGCAUACUCAAAGAAAAGUCAACAAACGUGAGCUAAAAGCGUUAUUAAAGCAGACUAAAAAGAAACCAUCAACUGUAGACGAGACAGUGAUCGCUGCUAUCGAUGAAUUGGCUAUUCACUUGAAGGAUACUUGUGUGAUUGACACGAAACCGGUACCUCGUCGACCAAUCCCAGUCGCUGUAUCUCCUACUUUAGCCUCACGUCAAUCUGAAACACCAUCCCGUAGAGGUGUCGGUGCACGUAGAGGCGGCCGAAGAGAACAGACGGUUCUUCCGGCAUCCUGGGUACCUCUUAUCCUACCGAACCCGUUAAGAAGUCCCGUGACAUCAGAUCCUGAGGGUGAUAAUUUGGGGGUGAAAUCGAAGUUAUGUGCACCUUGGCUUCAACAACUUCCUGAAUCGCGGGUGCAUCGGUUUGUUGUGAAUAUGCGCCGUCUGUUGGCGGCUACAUUAAAAAAUCCCAUAGAAACUGAUCACUUAUCUAAAAAACCUAUUCAACUUAUAGAUUUAACAUCAGAUAAACAAGAUUAUUCUACUAUCGCUUUCGAUAAUCAAUCGAAACAAUUAUCAUUUCCACUAAACUCUAAUGUACAAAAUCUUGGUCAUCAUACAAUAAUACCCUCUGAGAUAAAAAAUACUGAUCAGCUGCCUCUUAUUAAGACAGUUGAGGAUGUAAAUCAAAAUGAUUCAAAGUUUAUUUCAAAUCCUACUGAAGAUUCUGCUUCGAAGUUGAAUUUUAAACUUGUUGAAAGUACUACUGUCACGCGUACAUUGGUUUCUAGUUUAACUAAACGUCGAGGUAGAGGUAAAAAACACCAUGGAUUUCGCCGUAACUUUCCAUCUGUACAGUCGAAUACAAUCGGUGCAUCUGAAUCAAUCCCUUUGACAAAUACUAGUCUUGUUUCAUCAUCAUCAUCAAAUCUGAUUAACAAUCAAAACGUAGAAACUAGUCAACAUGUGAUUCGAAUGCCUAAAUCAACUUCUUCUAAAGGGAAAUCUCGUGUUUCUCGUGAACUUCGUGGUCUUGUUACUUGGGACGCUGUAAUGGCCGAACAACGCAAACGUGAACAGGAAUUAAAAGACAUUGAAGCUAAAGGAGGAUCUGCCUCACUUCAUCCAUCUGAGGUGACGUUAUCAGUUGUAACUGACUUCAUAGCCUCUGUCGAAGAAGAAGGUCUAACUCCUAAACUUCGCAGAACUCGACAAACUAGCGGCAGUGUUCCCAGCCAUGUUACACAUUCAGCUGUAGGAUCUGAUGCUGCUUCUAUGCAAACUACAAUUGCUGCUUCCGAACACACUAAUUAUGAAAUAAAUUGUCGUGUGAAACCGGGUGAAACAUCUUCAGUAGUCGCAUAUUCUGGACUUAGUACUGAAGUGUCAAGUGUAUCAUCGGAUAAUAUAAUUUCAGUUCAAAAAACAACCAUUCAUAAAACAACAGUUGACAAUAAGCCGUCUACUGGGAAUAGUGCAGGUGAAUCUCGAUUGAAUCAUUCGGAUUGUGAUCAGAAAUGUUCGUUUUCAGUCACCUCAGAUGCAAGCGAAAUGGAAUCUGCAUGUGUUACCCAAUAUUCUCCAAUUUCUGUAGAACAAGAACCAAACGAAUCACAGCAUGCUUCAUUUGAACAACUUGAUGACGGUGCAUAUCAGUCGUCAACUGCAGUUAGGCGGAAUAUCAGUCCCUUAAAAUCACCGGGUCGUCGUAAAAAGAAGUACAAAAUUAACCGGUUGUUUAAAUCCCAUCCUUGUGACUCGGAUCGCCACCCGGAACAAUAUAUACUUAAUGAUUCAGUAUCUCAAAGUUCUGUUACUGUCGACUCUCGGCAACAAUUUGACACCUCUUCAUCUGUCUCAUCUCUUCCUGUUCCUUCGGCGAAGCGUAAACGACAAACACAACAUGGGGUUCUUACAAGUACAGAUCCAAUUCUUGAAGAUCCCAACUUCGUGGAACAGUCUGCACGUCUCCAAGAAACUGACGGUUCUGAUGCCUGUGAUAUUUUACCUACUUCCGCCUCAUCAUCACUUCCAAGCAACGUAAGACGUUCUUCUACUUCACGUAGCUCAGCUCUUCCUCCUCGAAAACGCUACAAGGUGGGAAUAGAUACAUCUAACACCAAUGAAAACCAUGCUUCCUCUGUUAUGGAUAAAGAUAAUUUGAGGGAUUUCUGUAAAUCAGGUUUCAAUGAGCCCAACUUGUCUGUAACUGUCAUAGAUUUAACAGAUAAUGCCUCAAGUACUGGAGUUUGUCAUCUUGGAAAUGCUGAUAUAUCUCUAUCAAAACCUGAACACAGAAAACGUGGUCGAGGUCGUCCGUCUAGACGCUUAGAAAGACUGGAAAGCAAUAAUAAUAUACCAGUUUCUCCCUGCUUAUCUUCUGACUCAGUUUCAGUAACUUGUGAUCGUCCAAAACGUGAGGCGGCAGCGAUGGGAUUUGCUAGUUUAGUUGCUGCAAACUUGAAUAAUACUGGUGUCGCUAUCAAUUCUGCACCAGAAACACCAGAAACUAUUAAUGUUAGAUCGGAAACUGGAAGUUUACCAUCUCCUACUACAAAUAUCAGUUGGGUUGAACAACAACAACACAUCGGAACUUUAGAAAUACAAGCCUGUAAGCCAACUGUAUCUCGAGGUCGUGGUCGCCCUCCUAAACCCAGACCUAUUCAAUUACCCGUUGCUGAACAUAUGCUAAAUCGAAGUGCUGUGGAUUCAGAGAACGUGUUGGAUUCAAUUUCAAGUCGUCCUUUUCAGACUGUCAACGAAUCGCCGUUAUCACAUCAUCCACCACACAUGCACAAGAAUCAUUACAGGUUAAGGAAGAUGAGAAUCAAUGAAGUUCCAGUUGAUACAGCAUUGAAAGAGACUGACGAUAGUGCUAUAUCUCGCUCCCAAUCAGAUUCAAAUAACUCUUUAACAAUGUCGAUAAAGUCAUCGAAAUUGCUAUCGAUGAAACAGACAAGCAAAAAGAAUUCUUUACAAUCUAGCAUCAAAAUGAAAUCCGAAGUCGAUCAUUUGACUAUCAAAAGUAUGGCUAAUUCAUCUAUUCUGGGUUUGGAUGCUUCAUCAACAUUAUUAAAUCAACAACACUGUCGUUUACCUAGUCGUAAUAGUUUUUUCAAAGAUGCUACCAUAUCCAGUUUGGAACAGAUUUCAUUUCUCAAAGAUCGUUGUUUAAGUGGUCCACUAACCAAAUUAUCGCUUUGUGCUCCUAUAAUAUACUUACCAUCACCUGAAAGAUAUCCGGAAUUUUAUCGAUUUACCUUAUCAUCACAUUUAUCUGGUUCUGGAUUAAAUGUUAAAUUUACAUCGAAUUUUACUAAUCGUCUAUUUUCAUCAAUUGGUGAUAAUGAUAAUGAUGAUGAUGAAAUUUAUCAUGUUGAAUAUCCAUCACUUUGUUUAGCCAGUAUUGCAUCACGAUUUAUUAUAAAUUCAAUAAAAGAUCAAACAUUAAAUAAUAAUAAUAAUUUGUCACCUCAUCAUCAUUUAUUACAUGUUGAAUUAUCAGAAAAAGAAGAAAAUCAUUUUCUCCUAGUUACAAAUGCUAAUAUUAUGGAAAGUUUAUAUUCAUUAGAUAUAGCUAUGGAUAAUAUGUUCACUGUAUGGGAAGCUUUUACUGGACGUCGUAGUUGGUUUGGUCGACGUUUAAUGAAAUUAAAAAGUGUUUAUAUAAAACAUCGUACUAAUUUGGUUGAAAGUUUAAAGUUGGAGAAUCACAUACCGGUUGCAAUGCCAAAAUCGUUUAUACCAUGUAUAACUAAAUCACAAAAUAACAGUUCUAAGAAAAAAACUGAUCGUCGUGCACUAGAACGUGGUGCUGAAGUUAUUCGAUGUUUGUGUGGUUUUCGUGUUGAAGGUGGUCAUGUUAUGGUUCAAUGUGAUUUAUGUGCAUCAUGGCAACAUCUACCAUGUUUAUGGUGGGCACUUAGUCUGGCUAUUCGUAAUGAUUCCUCCAAUGGAUUAAAUUCAAACUUAGUUCGUUUAUGUCAAACAGCGUUAAUUGCUGCACAAGCUGUUGGUGGCGGUGGCGGUAAUACAGUUGAGGUAGAUGUGAAAGGUGAAGAUGAUCGAGAAGUUGAUGCUCCUUAUAUAUGUCCAGUUUGCUUGAAAUUGGAUAAUUUAACAAAAGAAUAUCCUCGUUCAUUAUCUGCGGCAAUGAGUUUAAACGAUAUAGAUGCUGUCUUUGACUUACAAGAUACACUGGUGAAAGGUGAACAUGAAUUCUGGACAUUGGGUAGUCCUGAUGGAACUUGUCAAAUACGUACAGAUGAUUAUGCAUUUGUUAAUCGUUUCUGGUUAAAUCAUCUCAAUAUUUCACAGGAUAUAUCAAAGGGAACAACAACAACUGUAUUAACGAAUGUUAAACAACUUUUAGAUCAAUCCUUACAGUCUCCAGUGAAAUCUGCUUAUGAUCGUAUUAUUGUUCGAAUUUAUCGAUUAUGGAAGGAUGUCAGUGGUUUAGCUUGGCUAGAAGGUGGUUUAUUUCUGCGUCCAUAUGAUUUACCUCCGAUAUCGGCAAUAACUGAUUCAUCAAAAUGUCCACAAUUUGGCAUCUUGAUGAAGUCGUCUACGAUGAGGCUAGACGUGUUAUUCUUCCAUUAG